AUAGGGAACUUUUUAUAGGUUGUCUGCAGCUAAUAGCUCUUGCAUAUUUUUAUAAAUACUGUUAGCAUCAGAAGUUCAGCAGUCAUAUUUGUAGAUGGGAUAAAAGCCUUGAAUUCCAUCUAUCAUAAAGUUUCUUGUGGUCCAAUUCCCAUGAUGGUCAUUUUUUGGAAAGGUAAUUAGGAAUCUUCAACUCUAUUUUUUCUGUAUUUCCUCUUUCUGUUCUUUGUGAAGGCAUUUGUUCUAUUUGCAUCAGUUUCAUUGCCCAAAGUCCUUCCCUGUCAAUAUUGGCCUUCUCAUAUGUCCCUAUGUGUUUCUUUUUUAUUCUACUGUGAAUGCAUUAUCUAUUUUUGUCGGUUCCAUUGCCCAAGGUCCUUCUUGUCGAUGUUGGCCUUUCCAUUAUUCUCCCUUUGUAUUGGUGUCACUUCAAAUUGGCCGUCCAUUAAAAGACUUCAGCUAACCUUAAAAGUUCCAACCGUAUUCAGUCUCAUCACUUUGUGUCCUAUGAAAUUACUGGAAUACCUUGGGACUGGCAACUGUUCCUCAAUUUAUUGGACCUGAUGCUCUAAAUAUCAUUUUCUGUAUGCUUUAUGAUGUACGUUUUGGUACAAUGUGCAUAUAACAGUAAGUCCGUAACAAUUAUUAAUAGCAGAAUAUAGUUAGUUUCUAUGUCUUACACAUAGAAUUACUGUUUCCAGUCCUUGACUUUGAUCAAUUUUAAAUCCAUUUAUAGUAUAUUUGGUAGCUCGGCAAAAAAUUACUAGCUAAGAUGUAUGAUGAGUCCACCAUUCUUGAACUUGUCCAUAAACUUUGUUUCGGAUAUGUCCAUUUUUGUCAAAGGAUUAUUUUAUUCCUCUUCCGUUAACCCAUGAAGUUGCUGCAUUCGGAUGAAGUGGAAUGACAUUAAAAUAUCUAGAAUUCCUUGCUGGCUGGAAACAGAUUAGGACAUAAAAGCAGUUUCUUGAAACAUGAAAUUUGGUAACUAUUUGACUUCUUACUUUGCUUGAAUGCAAAGUAUUUUUGUUUUUCUCUAUGAGACAUGUUUUUGCUCAUAUGGAAGUUUAUGUUCAUCUCCUUGUCUUCCUUUGACGAAUUUUUGUGCUAAACAGUCAGCAUUUUAGCCUCACAAGUCACAACUACUGCAAUUUUGUGAGGCUUCCAGCAUGCAAAAUGUGCUGUCAAAUUUUCUUUUGUCAUCGUGGUUCUGAAACUUAAUUGGCUAGUUCAAGAUUUUCAUCAAUAAAUGUCAGGGUUUUUCCUUUAUGCUGGCUGCAACAGGCAUAACUCUAUCUUUUUAUAGUUCAUGAUGCCUUGGAUGUUCGUUUUCUGCUUGGACAACAUUAUUCUGGAGGCCUCAUUUAAGCUGUUUCAUUCUCAUUAGAUAGGGCAACUUAGCAUGAACUUUUGUGGGUCUGUACAUUGGACAGGAUGUCUUAGAUUUGUCUCCAGUGGAAAAUCCCUGUGUAGCUAGGUGGUCAGGCAAUUAAGAAGAGGAAGCGCAUGUCCACCCAGGGUUCUACACAUUAACUGGAGUUGAAAGAAGAAAUUAGUUGGCAAGUUAUUGGGAGCAUAGAAUUCAAGCAACUACUGAGGCUGUUAACUUACAUAGACUAAUCAGAUUUCCCAUGGUUCACAUGUAUUCGUCAUAGACAUUAAAAAGAUGACCAGGCCGAUUCCUGCAACCUGUUCGUUAUUGUGGGUAUUCCACAUUCCCGCAGGACAUUCAUGAGAAGACCGGCUUGCCUGGGGUUGAUAUGAGAGUGAAGGAGGCUACUGAUGAAUGUUCGCUUAUGACUGUUCUAGAGCCUAAAAUAUGAGUUGCAAGCGGGUCAGUUGAUUUUACAAGAGACCCCUAGAGGUAGUAGACUCCAGGGAUGCUGGGACAGGAAAUGCAGAUUCUACAAGCAAUAAUGAUUGUAUCCUGCAGCUUUCAACUUCUAAGAUGAGCUCCUUUGAGAGGGAAUCAGACUUGUGUACUGAUAAAUCAGUUAUAGAAGUCUCCCCUGAUCUGGUCGUUUGCUGUAAGGAGGGUCCUGACCAUGUAAUAAAAGACAUCUGUGUGGAUGAGGGUCUGCCUUCCAAGAAAAACAUUUUUGUAGAGAACAGUGCAACAGAUAAAAAGGAGAAUUUAGUCCAUUUUGACGUGGACGAUCUAUCUGUGAAAGAUAUUCCUUCUAUACUGGAUGAUUUUGCUGUUCAUUCUGGAGGCAAACAAGGGGAUCAUAGUCGUCAAUUUGUGCUUCCAGACUGUGAGUCUAUCUAUGAUGAUGACCUGGAGAAGUCCCUUAUUGGAGGCUGGCCUGGUCGUAUCAAAUACAUUGCAUGUGAAAAACUGAUGUCUAAACAAUCAAGUGAAGUAGUGACAACUUCACAAUCCUUUGUUGCUAUAGUUGCUGAUAGUGGCAUUGAACAACAAAAAGACAAUCAGGUUAGAACUCAAGAGGAGACCACAGAUGCUGCGGAAGAUUCAAACUGCAAAACUGCUAAAGAAACUGCAAACUCCAUAUCUGGCAAAGAGAUGCACAAUGGAACUACAAACACAAACCCUAAAUUGCCAGAACCACAAACAAUAUGGGAAAAGGAGAAAAAGACUAUAGAUUUUAGGGAUGGCCACCAUGAUAGUCAUACCUUGCUUGAGCAUGGACUUGAACAUGAUGGUUUGGAAGGUUACGCUACAUCCUCUAAGAGCUCAAUGUGCACUCUUGAUGAGGUCAGUGCUGCCGACAGCAGGAAUCCAAGCACCAAUACUAAGGACCUACCUGGGAAUAUGUGCCAUGCAUUAGCUGAGCAUGGAACUGAAUGUAUUGAUUCUGCAGGUCUUGGUGCUUCCUCUCAGGGUUCAUUGUAUGGAAAUAAUGAGAGUAAUGGCUCUGAGACGAGGAAACUGACUACCAACCAUGUGGACAUGUCUGGCAACGUGUACCCUGGAACGAAUCCUGCAUCUGCAUCAAUUGCAUAUUCUGGUCCAGCUGCAUACUCUGGUAGCAUCUCUCUACGAUCUGACAGCAGUACAACCAGCGUGCGCUCAUUUGCUUUCCCAAUUUUGUCUUCCGAGUGGAAUGCCAGCCCUGUGAAGAUGGCAGCAGCAGAUCCUAAGCAGCUUAGGAAACACAGAGGAUGGAGGAUGGCACUUCUGUGCUGUAGAUUCUAACUGUGGCUGGUGAUGUGAUGUGACACUUCUGCAUCAGCAGGAUUACCAAUUCUGGGCACAAAAUGAAGGUCUUGGUCUUAGUGUUCUCAUGUAUCCAUUGCACAGUUGUGAAUGGAAACGUUUCAUUAUUGUGGGCAUUCCUAUCUCUCCCAUAAUAUUGUACGUUCUUUCGUCCCAAUUUCAUUUGCACAUAUACACACACGUGGGAUGUGCACAGAGUUGUAGUCACUGGACUACCCUGUUGCCAUGCAUGCUCACUGGUUCAGGUAAAUCUGUUGCCAAACUGAGUCCUCUUGGCAUUGCUAAUACGAGUUUGGUUUA